AGAAGACAUAAAAGCCCAGGUGACUAAAACAAGCACAGAGAGUCUACAACUGACAGAGCUAGACCAAUCAAUCCAUACACACCCAGCUAAUAAAGACACAUUACGGGCAAGCCGGCUUGCUAACCAAGAUGUCGAUCCUACUACCUUCAGCCUCAUCCUUCUACCCAGCUAACGCUCCGAGGGCCAGUCUCUGGCCUGCCGGAAAGGGCGCCACAGAGAAACCGCAAGAUACGGGCGUUAGCUGCCAAUUUAUAACCUUCUAUCAUACCUGCGGAUGCAGGUCUAACAAAAACUCUGUUUACCUUUGCAGCACUGAUACAUGCCAGCACACGAAAUCGGCUGUGGUGUUAGGGGAGCUGCCAUUCGCAUGUGGAUCGUAUCCGGGACGAUCGACGGCGUGCAGUCUUGAAGACCCAGCCAGAAGGGAGUUCGUCAGAGAAGUAGACACGGCUGACAGACUCGAUAAGCUGUUGGUUCUCCCAGAUUGUACCAGGGCUGAUAUUGAUAUUCUGAUACCGCCGUUUCAAAAUCCAAAUUGGCAUGAACAUAUCUACAGGCACUACCAGCAAAGGCGAAAUCAGAGCAGCAUCAUAUCUCCUCCGCAGCUUCCUCCAAGCAAUGAAAGGAAUAUCGAGAAAAGAGACGUCAACAUUGAAGAGGUUGUGCAAAGACUCCUAUAUAAAUACAAGGCACAAGAGGGGUCGUAUAGAGAAAGCAUGGUGGAAAAAUUCGUAGAGGAGCAGCAGCAGCAACUCAGUUGCCAACAAUUAGAAAAUACGGCAAUUGACCAAGAGGAAAAUAUGGAGUUAAAUACUCCUCCUCCAGUAGGUGGUCACCGGGGUACCAUCGAGUACGCUGAGAGCCUUGAGAACGACGAUCUGGACGAUGCGGUAUACUAUGAUGAGACUGCCGCCAAUACCGUCAUGUUCAACUUCGAAGACGACACUGGGGGCUCUGUAUACGGUCUCGAGAUAAGCUAUACCGACGCUUCAGCUACAGUAGAAAGCGCAGAGGACAUGUAUUACGAGGAACAUCCCCAGGGGAAUUAUUACCAAGAUAUUACCCCUGACUUGGAGACCCCCAAUCCCAAUACACCUAGGUAUUCCGACGACGGAUUCAGCAGUGCGGAUGAUAUUACGGAUGAUUUCAUCGAUUUCCUUGCCGAGAAAGAGAAAGAGAAAGAGAAAGAAAAGAAACCCCAGGGGGGAAGCCCGGUGAUAAGAAAGAUUUGGUCAUACUUUAGAAGGUCUUCUUGA